AUGUUGUCUGUCAUGAAGAACGCCCUAGUUACGGGGGCAAGUAAGGAGGACGUGAGUAUACGCAAAAGAGAACUCGAUUGGUUCUCGCGAAACUGCUGGAUCAUUGCUUCCCAAGCGACCGUCAUUGCCGGCUUCGCCUUUUCCCAGCUCUCCAGGCCUGGUAAUCCAGAAGGCGCAGGGUGGUCAUAUCUUCUCCAGGUGACGCUCACGGGGAUUGCAUUCGUGUGCGCACUCAAUGUACUCGUCAGAGCAACGCUAUCUGGCAUCUACGCGCAAGCAAGCAAGCAAGCUCUGCUACGCUCCGGUUCUUCUGAUUCAGGUCUAGCCUUAAGAGGCCACGAAGGUUUCAGCGACUUGGCAGUGGCCAUCCGUCGACUGAGAAACGACCAGGACCGCAUCCUGCGACAGUUUAUAACUUGUUUGGUGUGCUUCGUUCUCUCCAGCUUUGCUGCUGUUUGUGAGACUGGAAGACAGGGAAGGGCCUCUGUCAAAGUAGAGGCUGCAUUGCUCUUCGUCUCGCUUGCCCUCGCCGCUGUCGCGUGGAGAUCCAUCAGCCUUUUCUACCAUGCAGCGUACGGAUGA